AUGGCGACCACAACAACGACCACCACCACCACCCAAACCCUCUCCAUCCUCGCGGACUACGAAGUCCACCACAGCGGAAAUGACCACCAAGACGAACAUACCUCCCCCGUCACCGCUCCGCAACCCGCAGACUGGCCUAUAGAACACCGUCGCAUGCCUGCUUACCGUCCCACAAAUCGCAAUUUGCCUUUUGAGGAGAGGCCUGGGGGUAGUAAUCCGGCGGAGAUGGUGUUCAUUCAGGUUAUGUUGCACGGCGUGUGGCUUAAUGCUGCUGUAUCUCGACUCUGGAGAUUUACUGGGGGGAGAAUCAAUGAUAAGAUCUUUCAUUAUGACGUUGGUGGGGAGUGGUAG